UGUUAGCGAGUUAGCGGUCUGCUGUGCACAUCAACCAAACGUGCUCUGUGACACAGACAGUUACAGGAAACAGCUGAUGUAGGAAGGUAACCUGAAGUCAGCUGCGCAACAGAAACAAGACCGUCCAUGAUCGCCCAGGGAUUUAAAAAACAUUAGCAAGCCAGCUACUUAGAAAUGAGCAUGAGGGACGCGGAACUGAAGAUACAUUUCACACCCGGACACGUAGAGCUAGUGCAGGAGAGCAUUGACACUCCGUUUAAGCGCGUGCUGGUGACUGGUGCCACGGGUCUCCUCGGGCGCGCGGUCUAUAGAGAGUUCCAGAACAAUGACUGGCAAACCCUGGGCUGUGGCUACAGCCGGGCACGGCCCCGAUUCCUCAAAUGCAAUUUGAUGGACGAAGAUGCUGUGCGUGGGAUUAUACAUGAUUUCCAGCCCCAUGUGAUCGUACACUGCGCGGCGGAGCGGAGGCCGGAUGUUGUGGAGAGGCACACGGAGGCCGCCAUGAACCUCAAUAUCCACGCGUCCGCCACGCUGGCGAAGGAGGCAGCGGGGAUUUUCCUCAUCUACAUCAGCACGGACUACGUGUUCGACGGACGCAACCCGCCCUACGGGGAGAACGACGCUCCGAGCCCACUGAACAUGUACGGGAAGUCCAAACUGGAGGGAGAGAGAGAAGUGCUGAGGCACAACCCAAGUGCAGCAGUGCUGCGCGUGCCCAUCCUGUACGGGGAGGUGGAGCGGGUGGAUGAGAGUGCGGUGACGGUUCUGUGGGACCGCGUGCAGGAGGGGGCGGAGAGCUGCACCGUGGACCACUGCCAGCAGCGCUUCCCCACCUACACCGGCGACGCGGCGCGCGUCUGCCGCCUCAUGGCCGAGAGGAGGCUGCAGGACCCGUCGUUGCGGGGGAUCUUCCACUAUUCUGGGAAGGAGCAGAUGACCAAGUACGAGAUGGCGUGCGCCAUCGCCGAUGCCUUCAGCUUACCCAGCAGCCACCUCAUACCGCUGACGGAGCAGCCGGCGGGGGCGGGGGCGCAGAGACCCCAGAAUGCUCAGCUGGAGUGCUCGCGGCUGGAGUCGCUGGGUUUGGGCGUAGAGCCCACGCCCUUCAGGACGGCCAUACGCGACAGCCUCUGGCCCUUCCUGUACGACAAGCGCUGGCGGCAGACCGUGUUCCACUGAGGGGCCCGGGGGCCAGGGGCCUAUCUGUUUGCCGGGGGGUGGUGCCACCCAUUUACAGCGUCAUAUUCCACCCCAGCACCCCCCCCCCCCCAAGACUAUUACUGUGGCUCCUUUUUGAAUUUACUCUAAUGCGAUUGUAAGUGAAUUGAACCAUGGCUCGCUGUCUCUCUGACCGUCUCUGCUCUCUGCUUUGUGAGCUCACUCCUAGGUUUUCCUGCUGGCUGCAACAUUUCAGAAUAAAUAAUGGCACGUAUUGCGUGGGGUCCAGGGUUGGUUUCUCUCUGGUAUUAACAUUCCCCCAACUGCAGGCUCAGUACUCUCCUGAUAGCUCCUGCCAACGACCCCAGUUUUCUUUAUUUUGAUUGUUUUUUUGUUUUUUUUUUCAUUUAAAGUCGUUUUUUAUUUGAAAGCAGUUAGCUGAAACACUUUGGGUCCAUUUUGUUUUUUUUUCCUGACAGAUCCUGAAGUUGUUAGAUGCUUUGAUGAUGGGGACUGUGUCAUUUUUUUUUACAAAUCAGGCUUACAGUAUUGAGUCUUUUUUUGUUGGUAUAGGAUGUGGAAAUGGUUUGAUCUUUGCUGAAGAGUUUUUUAUUCUGACAAUUUUGGAGUUCCAUUUGUUUCCUUUUGGAUUUCAGUAUAAAUACGUUUUAAACUGAAUACGUUCUUGCUCUGCAUCUAUAGCACACUUUCAGGUUAUACGAAAACACAAAAAAGAGCACAAAUGGAGUUCUCACACUUUUUCUAGAGCAGGGUGUCCAGUCAUAUUCCAAAGGGCCAGUGUGGGUACAGGUUUUUUUGGCCUGGCACAUUGACACCUGAUUCAAUUAAUUAACUCGUUGCGGCCUUCAAUCAAGACCAUGACAAAUAGAAUCAGAUGUCUUGGGCUGGGCUGAAACAAAAACCUGCGUCUGCAACAGCCGUUUUUAUUGGACACACCUGCUCUAGGUAAAUGGCAAUGAAUUUGUACUGACGGCUAAACAUGUCGACGAAAUGUUUUGGACACGUGCCGUUGGUUUGCGUGAUGACCUAAAGGUGUGCAUUUUUUCAGAGCCUACAGUAGUUUAUCGCUAGAGGGCAGCAAAACACUAAAGGUGAAGUGCUGUCUUCAAAUUGAAAUUUAAUUAGGUCUGACCGUGAAGAACAUUAAUUUGCACUGUCAGUUUUGUUUUCUGUGAACUGUUGCUGUAUGGGAGUGUCGUAGAUUCUUCUGAUGCUUUGAGAUGUUCAAAAAAUCUUUUAUGGUAUUUGUCAGAAGAGUCCUUGGUAUACAUUCAAUAAACUAUAAGGGAAAACAGUA